AUGGAUAAAGAGGAAGCUUGGAAAUUAUUUCAGAGGACUGCAGGUGAUUUCGAGCAGGAGCAUGAAUUGCGGCCCAUAGCAACUGAAGUAUUCAAAAAAUGUGAGGGUCUUCCAGUAGCUAUUGUAACAAUUGCAACGGCGCUAAAGGGUGAGGGAGUGGCUGUAUGGAGGAAUGCCUUGCAGGAGCUGAGAAUGUCUACACCAACAAACAUAGAAGGAGUGACUGAAAAUGUGUACUCGUGUCUGGAGUGGAGCUACAAGCAUUUGAAAAGUGCUGAAGCGAAGUCAUUGUUCUUGCUCAUUGGUUCACUGGGCAAUGGUGAUAUUCCAUUGGAUGACUUGUUAAAAUAUGGCAUGGGUUUGGAUUUGUUUAGUAAGAUUGAUUCAUUGGAGCACGCAAGAGAUAGAGUAGUUUCCCUGGUGGGAAUUCUUAAAUCCUCAAGCCUGUUGCUUGAUGCACUUGAAGAUGAUAAAUACUAUGAUAGAGCUCCAAGCUUGCUUUUUGUGGAGGAAGGUAACGGGUUUGUAAAAAUGCAUGACGUGGUUCGUGAUGUUGCCAAAUUAAUUGCAUCGAAACAUCUUCAUCAAUUUGAGGUGGACGGAGUUGUUAGAUCAGAAGAAUGGGAAAAGAGUGGCGCUGAACCGAGAAAUUGUACAGGCAUAUUUUUGAAAUGCACAUGUGUUAAUGCCCUUCAAGAAGGAUUGGUAUGUCCUGAGCCUCCAUUUGUUUUGUUGGAUAGUAUUCAUUAUUCUUUGAAAAUUCCAGAAACUUUUUUCAAAGCAGAAGUCAGAGUUUUAAGCUUGACUGGAUGGCAUCGGCAACAUCUGUCUUUAUCAAUUCACUCUCUUUCAAAUCUUCGAACAUUGUGUGUACACGGUCACCAGAUCGAAGACAUAAAAAUACUUGGAAACCUUAAGAGACUACAAAUUCUUAGCCUUGAAGAUUGUUUGAGUUUCAAGGGUCUCGAAGUAAUGAUGAAAUUGACUGAUCUAAGGAUGUUGAGUUUAAGGGGCACAAUUCUCCCCAGUAGAAGUAAUCCGCUGAUGAUAUCAAGUCUACCUCGGUUAGAGCAUUUGUGUAUUAGGUUUAAUAUAUUGAAGGACAGUCGACUCUACCUAGACACCAUUCCUACUCUUUGUGGGUUGAAACACUUGUCCUGUUUGAGGGCUUUGGAAUUGGUCAUACCAUUUUCACGUUUGCUUUUGGAAGAUGUUUCCUUUGAGAACCUCACUAGAUAUGAUAUAUGUGUAGGCGAUGGUCCAUGGGCUUGGUGUGAUGAUGGUCAAUGGGGUCGGUGUAAUGAUAGUACAAAGGCCUCUAGAAGGUUGUUGCUCAGUUUGGGUCAGAAUGAGUGGAGCCAGCUCAAUCCGAGCCUGCAUGAUGUGGUCAAAGUCCCCCACUUCUCCAAGCUUUUUAAGACAACUGAAGUUCUAGUAUCGGACAGACUGGUUGAUACCAAACAUUUUAUUAAUGAGCUAGGCUGCGAUGGUUUUCUUCAACUCAAGUUUCUGUAUAUCUCUAGGAGUGAUGGGAUGCAAUACAUCAUAAAUACAAGGGAAAUGGUAUGGGUCGAUCCACCACGUGCCUUUCCUCUCUUGGAAAGAUUAAAGCUCAGAUGUCUCGAGUAAUUGGAAGCAGUAUGGCAUGGCCGAUUUCCGGUGGGGUGUUUUGCCAACUUAAGAGUUCUGGAAAUAGAGGAGUGUGACAGCUUGAAAUAUAUCAUAUGGCUUCCUACAACACAAGCCAGGGAAUCAGUACUAGUGUUUCCUCAACUGGGAUCCUUGAAAUUGGAACUGCCAAAUCUCAUUAACUUCUACUCCACAGGAACCAGUGGCAGCCAGGAGCCAGGCAGCUCUUUUUUCAAUCAGGUUGCAUUGCCCAGGUUGGAGUCCUUAAAUUUGCAUUCAAUGGAAAAUAUCAGAAC